CCACGGUGAGCUCGCGCUGCGCUGAGACCCAGGGUCCCCGGCGUGCCGCCUGCGAGGAGCCGCGCGAAGGUCGUCUGUCUGCCUGUCCUCCUGUCUGCCGUCUGCUGCCAGCCCGCCGGCCCCGACGCGCUUCUGCCUGUUCGUCUGUCCGUCUGUCAGUCUGUCCGCGACCUGCCACAGUCCCAACCACCCCCGCCAAGCACCAUGAACCAGAUAGAGCCCGGCGUGCAGUACAACUACGUCUACGACGAGGAUGAGUACAUGAUCCAGGAGGAGGAGUGGGACCGCGACCUGCUCCUGGACCCGGCCUGGGAGAAACAGCAGAGGAAGACUUUCACAGCCUGGUGUAACUCCCACCUGCGGAAAGCUGGCACCCAAAUUGAGAACAUUGAAGAAGACUUCAGGAAUGGCCUUAAGCUCAUGCUGCUUUUGGAAGUCAUCUCAGGAGAAAGGCUGCCCAAACCAGACAGAGGGAAAAUGCGGUUCCACAAGAUUGCAAAUGUCAACAAGGCUUUGGAUUACAUAGCCAGCAAGGGGGUGAAACUGGUGUCUAUUGGGGCUGAAGAAAUUGUUGAUGGCAAUGUGAAAAUGACCCUGGGUAUGAUCUGGACCAUCAUCCUUCGCUUUGCUAUUCAGGAUAUUUCAGUUGAAGAAACGUCUGCCAAGGAAGGUCUGCUGCUCUGGUGCCAGAGGAAGACUGCUCCUUACAGAAAUGUGAAUAUUCAGAACUUCCACACUAGCUGGAAAGAUGGCCUUGGACUCUGUGCCCUCAUCCACAGACAUCGGCCCGACCUCAUUGACUACUCCAAGCUUAACAAGGAUGACCCCAUAGGAAACAUUAACCUGGCAAUGGAAAUUGCAGAGAAGCACCUGGAUAUUCCUAAAAUGUUGGAUGCUGAAGACAUUGUGAACACUCCCAAACCUGAUGAAAGAGCCAUCAUGACUUACGUUUCCUGCUUCUACCAUGCUUUCGCGGGAGCGGAGCAGGCUGAGACAGCGGCUAACAGGAUAUGUAAGGUUCUUGCUGUGAAUCAAGAGAAUGAGAGGCUGAUGGAAGAAUAUGAGAGGCUAGCAAGUGAGCUUUUGGAAUGGAUUCGGCGCACAAUUCCCUGGCUAGAGAACCGAACUCCUGAGAAGACCAUGCAGGCCAUGCAGAAAAAGCUGGAGGACUUCCGAGAUUAUCGUCGGAAACAUAAGCCCCCUAAGGUGCAGGAGAAAUGCCAGCUGGAGAUCAACUUCAACACCCUGCAGACCAAGCUGCGGAUCAGCAACCGGCCAGCCUUCAUGCCCUCUGAGGGCAAGAUGGUGUCGGAUAUUGCUGGGGCUUGGCAGCGGCUGGAGCAGGCUGAGAAGGGUUAUGAGGAAUGGUUACUCAACGAGAUUCGCAGACUGGAACGUGUGGAGCAUCUGGCUGAGAAGUUCCGGCAGAAGGCCUCGACACACGAGACAUGGGCCUAUGGCAAGGAGCAGAUCCUGCUGCAGAAGGAUUAUGAGUCAGCAUCACUGACGGAGGUGCGGGCUCUGCUGCGGAAGCACGAGGCUUUUGAGAGUGACCUGGCUGCACACCAGGACCGAGUGGAGCAGAUUGCAGCCAUUGCACAGGAGCUCAAUGAACUGGACUAUCAUGAUGCAGUGAAUGUUAAUGAUCGGUGCCAAAAGAUUUGUGACCAGUGGGACAGAUUGGGGACACUCACACAGAAAAGGAGAGAAGCUUUGGAGAGGACCGAGAAGUUGCUUGAAACCAUUGAUCAGCUGCACCUGGAGUUUGCAAAGAGAGCUGCUCCCUUCAACAACUGGAUGGAAGGUGCUAUGGAGGACCUGCAGGACAUGUUUAUAGUCCAUAGCAUUGAGGAGAUCCAGAGUCUCAUCACUGCCCAUGAGCAAUUCAAGGCCACGCUGCCUGAGGCAGAUGGAGAGCGGCAGUCCAUCGCGGCCAUCCAGAACGAGGUGGAGAAGGUGAUUCAGAGCUACAACAUCAGGAUCAGCUCCAGCAACCCGUACAGUACCGUCACCAUGGACGAGCUUCGCACCAAGUGGGAUAAGGUGAAGCAGCUGGUGCCUAUCCGGGAUCAGUCCCUGCAGGAGGAGCUGGCUCGCCAGCACACUAAUGAACGCCUGCGGCGGCAGUUUGCUGCACAGGCCAAUGCCGUUGGGCCUUGGAUCCAGAACAAGAUGGAGGAGAUUGCCCGGAGCUCGAUCCAGAUCACAGGGGCCUUGGAGGACCAGAUGAAUCAGCUGAAGCAGUAUGAACACAACAUCAUCAACUACAAAAACAACAUCGACAAGCUGGAAGGAGACCACCAGCUCAUCCAGGAGGCACUGGUCUUUGACAACAAGCAUACCAACUAUACCAUGGAGCACAUUCGCGUCGGAUGGGAGUUGCUGCUGACAACCAUUGCUAGAACAAUCAAUGAGGUGGAGACCCAGAUUCUGACAAGAGACGCGAAAGGCAUCACCCAGGAGCAGAUGAAUGAGUUCAGAGCCUCCUUCAACCACUUCGACAGGAGGAAGAACGGUCUGAUGGACCAUGAGGACUUUAGAGCCUGCCUGAUUUCCAUGGGUUAUGAUCUGGGUGAAGCUGAAUUUGCCCGCAUUAUGACCCUGGUUGAUCCCAACGGACAAGGCACGGUCACCUUCCAGUCCUUCAUUGACUUCAUGACUAGAGAGACUGCGGACACUGACACUGCAGAGCAGGUCAUCGCCUCUUUCCGGAUCCUAGCUUCUGACAAGCCAUAUAUCCUGGCAGAGGAACUGCGCCGAGAGCUGCCCCCAGAUCAGGCCCAGUACUGCAUCAAGAGGAUGCCUGCCUACUCAGGCCCAGGCAGUGUGCCUGGGGCCCUGGAUUACACUGCCUUCUCCUCUGCGCUCUACGGAGAGAGCGAUCUGUGAUGCUGAGGUUCUGUAAACCUUGAUCCUGUCAGAAUGCAAUAAAAGCUGAAGUCACAGUUGGUUUCCUGGGAACUUUGACAAGCUUUAUUACAGUGGGAAGAAUUUUGUAGGAGCUCAGUCUAGCAGAAUAACGUGACUGAAAUGGAUUUUUGAUAGUAUGGCAUAGUGUGCUUCAUAAAUAGUUUUAUUUCUGAAUUCUUUAGCUAAAUGCAAUAUGCAGUUAGUUUGUUCCUUUGAGUAAGCAAAGCAAUUUAUUAGCUUUAAAAUGAGGAAGAUCUGGAGCUAGAAGACAAGUUUAAAAAAAGAAAAAAAAAAGUGAAAAUCCAAAAUACUCAAGAUUCAAGAUCAGGGGAAAAAUCACAAGUUGCUAAAUGUUUGAUAUUUUUUAAAAAGCCCUCAUAUCUAAUAUGCUUAUGUACUUAUCUCUAGGAGAAUGUUAGAGGUUGUAGCACUUUAUUUUCUGGUUUAUCCAAAGAUUAGCUCUACCUAAGUAUAAAUGGUACUGCUGUCUCUCUUUAGUUGAGUAGAAUAUCUGAGAGGGACCUGCCCGGCAAAGAAAUGAACUAUACAAAAGAUUUAGUAUUUAGAAUUUUUGAAAUUGAGUUUACAGUCAGUUGUUCAUUGUCUAAGACUAGAUAAUCCCUCGGUGGAUUUAAUGCCUUACUUAUCUGAGGAAACAUAGAACUGAGUUGUUUGCUAGAGAUGAAAAUGUGGUCAGUUAGGUAAAUGAGUUUUAGAAUUACUCAGAUUCCUGUGCUUUUCCCAAUCCUUAUUCACAGAGAUUCUUUAGAGAUGCCAUAGAUGAGUGCUCUGAUUUUAAAUAAGUAGGCUCCCACAGUAGUUGUUUAUAACAAGAGACAAUAGGUACCUUCUAGCACUCCAGAUUGGCCUUCCUUGUGCUAUGUUAAGAUCUGUUAGAAUGAAACCGGAGUUAACAGGAAGGAUUUAAACCUCUAGGGCAGUAGAGGUGAGUUCUUUUCCCUGGUGGACCAGUCAGCACAUAGCCUUUGGGUGGAUGCCUUUUGUGCAGCAUGCAGUGGGAGAGGCUUUUGUUGGUGGUCAGGGGUUCACCACCAAGAGGGGAUAGUGCCUUCUAACAGGUCCCAAGUUUGGCUGUGUUGGUGUCAAGCCUGGCUUCAUGACACCAGAUGCCAACAGCGCUCCUGACGUGGAGCCCUGCUUUGUUCAAUGUUUGUUCACUUUCCUGCUUGUGCUACCAUAUGCUAAAACCACUCUUUCUGUUAUUCCCCUUUGUUGACAGCUUAUGGAGAACAAAGCAGAAACUAUUUAUUUGGGUCCUUAAAAACCAGGAAAUGAGUAAUAAAAAAACCCAGUUGCAAACAGCAUUUAAAGUGUUUUAGAAAAGUAGCAAUAUGUCUAUUUACUACAGUCUGUUUCCUUAGAUUUUUGUAGAUUUCCAUAGACAUCUGGAAAUAAUGACACUUUCCAUUAGCAACUGUCUGGUAACAUGAUACUGUUAUUACCGCACUGACUCACUUAGAAUCCUUGACCUUUAGGCAUUUAAUUUACUUCAUUACUAAGUUGUUGGUAGUUACAGAUUUCUAAAAUAUUUGAACCUUGAGUUUUAUGCCAGAUACUUUUUGAGUAGUGUGUAGGUGAGCUCUUGACUCUUGUUUUAUUUCAAGCAGGUGCUAUAUCCCAUCCAUAAACAUGAGGGAGAAACUGAGAAGUUACUCUUCUUUGAGGGUAUUACUAGGGGAACUUGUGGUGUUUUAGGGCUGGUGUGGCUAACUCACCUACCUAAAUUUUUAACUUUACCACAUUCAGUGAGAAAACGGAUCAAUACUAUCUGCUAAUAAAUGAAGAAAGGAAAUAAACUGAAAAAUAAUAAACAUGUUUAUACUCUCA